AUGCGGGACUUCGCGUGUCUCCCAAGCAGUGGGACCACCAGGGGAGUGGACUACUUUCAGAGCAUGGGACGGAUCACGCUGAAGUAUGUUCUCCGCGAGGCUUCACUGUGUGCGGCUGACCUCUGCGUGGAGCUGUCCAGCUGGGAGCUAAAGGUGAAGGCUGUGGGAAGACAGGAUCUGGACAGCCUCCUGGCCCCUAUCAAUGGCACGCUGUAUGGAGAUGUUAGGCGAGACCUCUCAUGGUGGACCUUGGACAAGCAGGAGGAUGGAAGCAAUGUCUUCACAUUGGAGCUGGCCAAGCGAGAUCACAAGGCUUGGAACGCAGUUUGGAAGCUUGGACUGAGCCACCACCGCAAGAGCCACUUCGGUUGGACUCCUACAGCUCGUACGCCGGUUAAGAAGGCGGAAGACAUGCUGGUCAAGGUCAAGCCUGGCCGGCUGCCAAGAAAGCAGGAAGCGUUCGUGGCUCGUCGGGAAGAUCUGUGCUGUUCUUUGGAAGAUGGCCAGGACGACAAAACCGCGGUUUUCCGAAUCCAUUUGGACAAGGCAGCCCUGGAGAAGGCAUGUGAAGUCACCUGCCUCGCGGAUUUGUUUGGAGUGGAUGUCAUGGAGCAGUACCUGAAAGUGUUCAUCAGAGGAGAUGACAAAUCUCCGAUUCUGAUGGGGAAGCUCUUUGACAAGAUUAUUCCUGACAAAACUCGAUGGGACAUCAUUAAGGCAGCAGCUCCGGCAGAAGCUGAGGAGCAAGUGAAAAAGUCCGGGCAGUACAACACGUGCUUGCAGGUGACGCUGACGAAGGCAAAGCCUUCUAAGAAGCACUGGCCGCAGAUGCUGGAGGAGAACGAGCUUGUCCUCCAGAGAGAAGCGGCGCCACAGAUUCAGGACUUACACUCGAAGGCGCUUCGAGCAGCAUCGCCGGACCGCAGCGGCUGGUCGCCCGAGGAGCUCGCGCGAGACUUCAAGAACAAGGCCGAUGGAUGCUUCAGAAGUUCAUCCUGGCGUGAUGCAGCCGUAUACUACACUCGAGCCUUGAAUCAGACGCCCGACGAAGAGAAGCUUUUCUCAAACCGAUCGGCAUGCUAUGUGAAGCUCAAAAAGUUUGACAAGGCUUUAAGAGAUGCCAAGACGUGCGUAUCGCUGAAGCCGGAAUGGCCCAAGGCUUACUUCAGGCUUGGCCAGGCCCACCGAGGCCUGAAGCAAUGGGAGGAAGCCAUUGAUGCCUUCAGGGAAGGUCGCUUCAGGGAGCCAUCGAACCAGGAGUGGGCAAGGGAAAUCGAGAAGACGGAGGAGCAACAAGCAAAAUGGGAUGCUCAAGCAGCGGAGCAGAGAAAGCUGAAAAGGGAAGCAGACAUGGUCACGGAACUCAAUGAGGCUACCGUGGUGGCCGAAAGGGAAGCCAUGGUCGCAGUUGCUGAGCAGGCUUUGCAGGCGGGAAAGAGCCGCAAGGAAGCUGGCGAGCUUGCACUCAAGGGUGCGGAGCUUGCCAAGCAGCGUGUGCACGACAUGGCAGCGCAGAAGAAGAAGGCCAUGAUGGUGGAGGAUGACCAGGAGUUAGAUUCAGCGGCGCCAUAUCGAAUCGUUUGUGAGGAUGGAUCUUUGCACAGCAAGUCCUUCGCCCACACGGACAAGGGCAUGUAUUUUAUGGGAAUGACCUUCAUGAACUUCAAGUCUGGCCCGGUGAACCAGCCCUGGAUCGAGAUCCGGCAUCCAGGCAAGCUUCGUUGGUCGCAGGGCUGCGCAGUUCUCCGACUGAAGGUCACUCUGCCAGAGACCAUCAAGGGGGCCCAAGACGUUGACGUGGAGCUCACUGCCAGCAGCCUUCGAAUAGGCACGGUCGGGGACACAGAUCCGAUCAUUGAUGGCACCUUUGAGCGAAAGGUGGAUCCAAAUGGUGAGAACUACUCCUGGUUUCUGAUCCCAGAAGAGAUUCCACCCGUGAUGGAGCUAACGCUAGACAAGGAUGCCGCUGAAGUCUACCAGACUUUCAGCUAUGGAACGCUGCUUUGGCCGCGACUGUUCAACGACGACAUUCCAUUAGGAGAAGGUUUGUUCGAGGCGGAUUUGACCGACAUGCCUCCGAACUUGCUUCAGAAGUUUCAAGAAGAACAGGAGAGAUCAGACCAGAGAUCACGAGAGGAAAGGCAACGCAGGCAGAUGAUGACAGAGGAGGAGGUCGCCGAGGAGACUGCCAGGAUGUGGAACGAUGAGUUUGCCAGACACGGCAUCCCGCAUCGCGUGGAUUCGACCGAGGAUCGGCGGCUCGAAAACUUCCAAAAGUGA